UCCAAACUACCUCUGGAAGACAUGUCAGGGGACCUGGAAGCCAAGAUCAGUGGCUACACACAUAUCAGUGUUCAGAGAUUCUGCUACAAGUGGACCAUUAGCAACUUUUCAUUUUGCAUGGAUGGAAUUCGGGAAAAUAUUACAAGCCCAGUGUUCUCAUUAGAGGGCAAUGAAGAAGUACAAUGGUGUUUGAGAAUAUUCCCAAAUGGUGUUGAUGAAGAAAGCAAAGAUUACCUCUCUGUUUCCCUGGGUUUACACAGUUGUCCAAAGAGCCCAGUUUUGGCAAAGGUGCAGUUCUGGAUCAUAAAUGCCCAAGGAGAGAAACAUCAAAUCAAAGAGAUCCCAAAUAUUUUAAGCUUUAGUCCAAAACAUCAAUGGGGAUUGAGAAAGUUCAUCCUUCGAGAAUUCCUCCUCUCCCGUAGGCAUGGGCUUCUCCCUGAAGACCAGCUCAUCCUGUGUUGUAAGGUGUCCGUAGUAGGACCCUCCUUUAGCACGCCUGGACAUAACAUGACACCUACAAACAAGGAUCCAAGGCAGGAGUUGGCUGAUGACAUAGGAGAGCUGUGGGAAAAUUCCCUCUUCACAGACUGCAGCCUGGUGGUAGCUGGACAGGAAUUCAGAGCUCACAAGGCCAUUCUAGCAGCUCGCUCUCCAGUUUUCAGAGCCAUGUUUGAACAUGAAAUGCUGGAGAGCCUAACAAACCGAAUUGAGAUCCAUGACAUUCACCUGCAAGUCUUUAAGGAAAUGAUGGCCUUCAUUUACACAGGGAAGGCACCACACCUCCACAGCCACUCAAUGGCCACUGAGUUGUUGGCAGCUGCUGACAUGUAUGACCUGCAGGACUUGAAGGUCAUGUGUGAGGAUUCCCUGUGCAGGAACCUCUCUGUGAAGACUGCUGUACCAACUCUGAUCCUGGCUGAUCUCCACAGCACAGAGCUCCUGAAGACUAGGGUCAUGGAUUUCAUUAUACUUCAUGCUUCUGAAGUCUCUGAGACUUUGGAGUGGAAGUCAAUGGUGGAGUCACAUCCCCACUUGGCAGAGGAAGCAUUUCUCUCCCUGGCUUCUAUACAGUGUUCUUCCUUGGAGCCUUCACUCAAACGCCAAAAGGUAUUUUAGGAGCUUGGCAGCUAUGACCUACACCUG